AUGGAGCGAAUAAUCAAACGCGAACUGAUGCGGUUUUUAGAGCAAAAUCAUCUUCUGUGCGAUGCACAGCACGGUUUCCGCAGAGGGAGGUCCUGCUUAACCAAUCUACUCUACUGUCUUGAACAGUGGACCCCAGCGAUUGAUGAAGGAAACGUUGUGCAUGUGGCCUACAUAGACUUCAAGAAGGCAUUUGACAGCGUGCCACACCAACGUCUCCUACACAAGCUCAGCCGCAUAGGGGUAAGAGGCAAGCUUUUGAAGUGGAUUGAAAACUUUUUGGUCGGUCGGUCCCAGACUGUUCGUCUUGGUGGCCAGCACUCGGCAGAGGUGACGGUUACGAGCGCAGUACCUCAGGGCUCCGUUCUUGGCCCUAUCCUCUUCCUCAUCUAUAUUGAUGACUGUAUCCAUGGAUUGGACUGCAAGAUUGCCCUGUUUGCUGACGAUAUAAAGCUUUGGACCGUCAUCCGCAACGAGGACGAUGAAGCAAAUUUACAGGCAAACUUAGACCGACUCGAAAAAUGGUCAGGCCACUGGCUCCUCCCAUUUAAUGUUACCAAAUGCAACAUUCUGAGGAUUGGCAGAACCAGUUCUGCGCACCGGCAGACGUACUAUCUAAAUCACACACCGCUGCCACUGGUAGACGUUCAGAAAGACCUAGGGGUGUGGAUAACAUCUUCACUAAAGCCAUCAUUCCACUGCUUGAAAGCAGCAAAAUCCGCAAUGUCCACCUUAUAUCUCAUCAAGCGGGCAUUUGCCAAGUUCGAUGAAGAGUGCUUCCGCAAGGUCUUCGGGAUGUUUGUGCGCUCACAGUUAGAAUUUGCCAUUCAGGCCUGGAGACCCUGGACUGUUAAGGAUCGUACCACCCUCGAAAAAGUCCAACGACGGGCAACCAAGUUUGUCAGAGGUCAUAAAAACCUACCUUACGAAACCAGACUUUCAAAUCUAAACCUCUUUCCCCUGGACUACAGACAACUCCUUGGCGACUUAAUUCAAACGUUUAGAAUGUUACGGGGUCAGGACCGCUGCCUCGCAUCCGGCGACUUCUUUGAGCUGGCCACCACUACUAGCUUGAGAGGACACCCUCUGAAACUACGUGUGACAGGAGCGAGACUGGACGCAAGAAGGUCCUUCUUCAGCCACAGAGUGGUAAAGGCGUGGAACGCCCUACCUGUGGAUGUCGUCAUGUCCUCAUCCGUGGACUCAUUUAAGAGAAAGCUUGACCAGUACAGGGAUAUGUACCUCCACAGCAUCAGAAACUAA